AAAAAACAGGCGCUUCAGGAUUUUUUGGAUGCAUUUAGGAAAUUAAUUUAUUUAAGCAAUUAUUGGAGUUGAAUUAUAAAUUUAAAAGAUACCGGUCUACUGUAUUGGCAAGCGCAGGAAUAAUUCAGUCGAAAUGCCUAUUUAUCUUCUUCACCUAGCUUCGACACAUGCUGAUUUUCAUAUACCUGAAUUGGAGACGUUAGCAAAGAUUGAGUCCAUUUCUUAUCGAUGGGUCAAGCCUUCUUGCAUCGAGGAAAGUUCAGAACUACAAGAAAAUAGCAUUGGAGAUUAUCCAAGAGAAAAGCCUGUAUAUCCCAUUAACCAUGCAAAUGCCACGACAUUAAAUCCAUUUCUGUUAGUAGAACUUGAUGAUGACGCGUCUGCUUCUAAAUGGGUUCGAAGAUCAAUUUUCUGUAAAAAUAUCUACGAGUUAUAUGGCUUUGCAGAUACCUUCGAAAGUUUACAUGAUUAUCUUUCCAAGCUUCCUUCACCUCCUUGGCUACAAUAUCAAAAGGAUACCUCAUAUAAGUUCACAUUUGAAACAUUUGGCACCCGACGAACGAUGGAAGAACAAUUAUCUAUCAUAAAUGAUUUUGGAUACAUGAAGUUGGAGGGUCUAGUCUCGAUGAAGCGUCCUGAAUGUAUUUUCACCCUUUUGGAAAACCGCAGUAAAGAUAUUGAAGGACCAAAAUUGUAUUUUGGUCGAUGGUGCGGUGGUAGUUCAAGAGACGCCGUUGACAAGUUUGAUUUGAAAAGAAGAAAUUAUAUAGGGAUCACUAGCUUUGAUGCUGAACUUUCACUUAUAACAGCCCAGAUGGCUAUGGCGAUGCCGGGUAAAUUGAUAUAUGAUCCAUUUGUCGGCACAGGAAGCUUCCUAUACACGUGUAGCUAUUUCGGUGCUUUUACUAUGGGUUCUGACAUUGAUGGAAGGCAGAUGAGAGGGAAAGGAGGGAAAUCAAUACGAUCUAACUUUACCCAGUAUCAACUUGCAGGUUCCUUUUUAGAUGUUUUUACUGGAGAUGUAACCAAUUGUCCCCUCAGGGAAAAUUUUUUACUUGAUGCAAUUGUUUGUGAUCCUCCUUAUGGGGUUCGCGCAGGUGCAAAGAAAAUAGCAAAAUCUUCGUCAGGUUCUUCCACUCCCAAUCAAUUAAAUUCAAAUUCAACAUCUCAUUAUCCUAAGCUGGAGCAAUAUCAGAUUAGUGAUAUGGUUUUCGAUCUAAUCUGUUUUGCAGCCAAGCACUUAGCCGACUAUGGCCGAUUAGUACUUUGGCUUCCUACUAUCACGGAGGAAUAUAGUGUUGAGGACAUUCCUCGUCAUCCUUGUCUCUCUUUAAUAUAUAAUAGUGUUCAACCAUUUACGCAUUGGUCUCGCCGUUUGUUAACUUUCGAACGUUUACCCCGAUCUGAAACACAAAACGUAUCAUUAGAAUUUUUGGAAAAGGCUUCAAAGGCUCCUUCUCAUCAUGAUUUCCGUAGAAAGUACUUUAUGGGUGCACAUCGUACUACCUAGCCUUUGCCAGCUAUUAUAAUAGUAAUUAGUUUUAAGAUGAGGUUACAGACAUUUGAGAGUAAAUGUCAUUUAUGCGAGUUAGUAUAUUUUAAAAAUUUUGAAAAAAAACAAUGUAACAUUGCUGUGCUCUCCAUAAACUCCAUGCCCAUACUAACUUCAUUGAACAUUCAGAUUUUCUAAAAUAUUUGCUUAUACCUCUACCUCCACCGAAA